AUGCUUCCUGGUAAGUUCGACUCUGUCUGUGCCGAGUUCGCUGAUGUUAAGGCCAAGCUAUCAGCUUUGGACCUAUUGCCUCCUCUCGUUAAGCGUGUGGAUGAUGUUGAAUCUACUGUGGCUGGGCACACUGAGGAAAUUCAAAGUUUGAAACAAACCGUUGCUGAGCUUGUUGAGAAGUCCAAUGCUCCCCUCCCUCUGGCACCAGUGGCACCACUACCGCCACUUGAUACCAAUACAAUGCAACGCGUUGUUGCUGGCUUCCCGGAGAGUGAGGCUCUCACUGAUCCUCUUCCUUUGGCUUUGGCUGUACUUCAUACUGUCAAACAGGAUCUUGACCCCACCGCUGUUUCCAACGUGCGGUUCUUGAGGAAAUCAGGGAAUCGUGCUGACGCAGCCUUUCUACCAGUGGCACAGCCUUUAACUUACCACAUCAUUGUCAUCACUGAAUCUUGGCUGUCACCCUCUAUUCCGAGCUCUGUACUGAAUAUUCCCAACUACAGUCUCCUGAGAUAUGAUCGUAACGUGAAUGGUGGCGGUGUUGCCAUCUACUACCAUGCCUCCGUAAAUGCCUCGGUCAUCUCCUUCUCUACCUCCGUCUGGACAGAGCCCCCCGGACAUGUUGAGUAUCUCUUCUGUGAGGUUUUGGUGCCAAACUCCUCUCCGAUCUUUGUUGCUGCUAUCUACAGGCCACCACACUCCCCUUUUCAUGUUCCUGUCAACUUCACGGGGCUCUUGUCUACCUUCUUGGAUGGCUACUCCCAUAAGAUCAUCAUGGGUGACUUCAAUGCUGAUCAAUUGUCUGAGCGUGCUGAUGCUGUAUAUAUUCGAACUCUAAUGAGUGAUCUCUCCCUGAAACUGGUUGACAACGGUAUAACCCACACUACUCUCACGUCUUCAACAUGGCUGGAUCUUUGUCUUACGGAUGAGUGUGACUCUAUCACUGGCUGGUUUACCUCGGAAGUUCCUAUGGCUGCUGGGCAUCACCUCAUCUCUGCCUCCAUAUCAAUCAAUGGGUGCAAACCACGGGCCACCACUAUCUCUACCCGCCAGUUAUCAGCUCUUCAAUGGGUUGAUGUCGUUGGGGACUUUGAGAGCACGCUCCAGAGUGCCCUCGCCUCCGACUUCGGCACCGAUGAUCUUGCCGCGACCUUCACUAAUGUCUUCCUGGCACUAGUCGAAGCCCAUGCCCCUCUGCGUCAGGUGAAGGUGAAUGCCAUCAAGACUGCCCCCUGGCUCUCUGAUGACCUCAGGCUGUCUGAUAAGCAUGUGCAACAUCUCUACAGACGAUUCAAGCGGAAUCGCUCUCAGGAGAGGCUGGUUGAUUUCCGUCUGGCUAGAAGUCUGCAUCAAUCCCUGCUCUUGAAGGCUCGCGUCAAGUACUACCACACUCGCUUAUCUGGACUCACGGGCGCAUCACUGUGGAGAGAGCUACGCAGCCUUGCGCUGAUAGCUGGUUCGUCCAAAAGCCUCACCAUCUCAACUGACGAUCUCAACGCCCAUUAUUCUGCGGUUUCAAUUGUAUCUUCUGAGGAUCCGCUGCUGCCGCCAUCAAGAACUGUCUUCACUGAUGCAUUGUUCCCCUUCUCGCAGGUGAGCUGGCUUGACAUCAAGACUGCUAUCUCAUCCAUCAAAUCCGAUGCAGUCGGCGCAGACUGCAUUUCGAGAAGAUGA